GCGAGCGGCGCGCCCGUCUGUCUGUUUGCAGCCGUCGGGGCCCGGGCGCCCCGCGAUGAGCAGCCCCGAUGCGGGCUACGCCAGCAGCGAGGAGCAGGCGCAGGGCCGGGGCGCGCUGCCCGCCAUGAUGCCGGCCCUGGGCCCGUGCCCCUGGGCGGAGGCGCUGAGCCCGCCGGGCGAGACCAAGGCGAAGGGCGAGGCGGGCACGACGGGCGGGCGCGGCAAGGGUGAGGCGCGGAUCCGGCGCCCCAUGAACGCCUUCAUGGUGUGGGCGAAGGACGAGCGCAAGCGGCUGGCGCAGCAGAACCCGGACCUGCACAACGCCGAGCUCAGCAAGAUGCUGGGUAAAUCGUGGAAGGCGCUGUCGCUGGCGGAGAAGCGGCCGUUCGUGGAGGAGGCGGAGCGUCUGCGGGUGCAGCACAUGCAGGACCAUCCCAACUACAAGUACCGGCCGCGGCGGCGGAAGCAGGUGAAGCGCCUGAAGCGUGCGGAGAGCGGCUUCCCGCAGCACGGCGCGGCCGAGGCGGCGCCGCCGGCGUUGGGCUCCGACGGAGGCGGCAUCGGGACGUGCGCCGAGAGCCUGGCGCUGCCCUACGCGGAGCGCGGCUACGCGGCGGGGCCGGGGCGCUAUCGGGACUGCCCGCCGCUGGGCGCCGCCUUCGACGGCUUCGGGCUUCCCACGCCGGACCCGUCCCCGCUGGACGCGGCGCACAGCGAGGCGCCGUUCUUCGCGCCGGGGCCGCACGACGAGUGCGCGCCGGGGCCCUACGUCGGCUACGGCCCGGCGGCGGCUGCGGCGGGAGACUUCUCGGCGGUGGGAGCGGGCGAGAGCCCCGCGGGGGCGGCGCUGCGGCGGCACCACCAGCACCCGCACCCCGCUGCCGGCGAGCUGGGGCCGGGCGGCCCGCUGCAGGGGCUGCUGGGCUGCCCGGCGCCGCCGCACUACUACGGGCAGCUGUGCCCGGGCCGCGGCCCGCCCGCUCCCGUGCCCGUGCCCGUGGCGCUGGGCGCGCAGCCGUCCCCGCCGCCCGAAGCCGCGGCGUGCCGGGAGCCGCUGGAGCACUUGCCGCAGGAGGAGCUGCUGGGCGAGGUGGACCGCAGCGAGUUCGAGCAGUACCUGCGCUUCGCCUGCAAGGCCGAGCUGGGGCCGCCCUUCGCGGGCCACGACGUGGCCGGGCUGGCGUCGCCCGAGGCCGCGGGGCCGCUCUCCGCCGUGGUGUCGGACGCUAGCAGCGCCGUCUAUUACUGCGGCUACGCCGACGGCUGAGGGCUGCGGCGGCGCCGAAACUCCUCGCUCCUAUUUAUGUAAUUUAUUCGGAUGCUGAGGACUGCCGGGACCGGGGUUCGCUCGGAAUUCAGAGGGUGCCGCGGUCGCACCGCGCUCCGAACGAUGCCAGGAUCGCCGUCUCUGUCUCACCGCGAGGUGCAGUGUUCGUACCGUGGAACCCCUACGUGGCACACAGCGGGGAUGUCAUUCACAGCCGAGAUCCUGGCGGAGAUCGGGAUGGUUUUGUAACGUUGUACAGAGUUCGGGUUUUUAUAUAUUGGUCGUGUACAGAGUAUUUUUGCACUUUUCCAAAUAAAGUGACAAUAAUAAAACCUCCCCUCGUUAUCUCCUCGCAGAGGUGCGAUCGCGCUCUGCAGACUGCCACCGCUGCUCUUGCGCUGCUCCUGUGGGUGCCCCUGCAGUGAGGAUUCGCCUCUGGUACAGGCUGCUGGUCGUCCCUGCCGUCCCACUGCUCCAGGUGUAUGCGUAGUGUUCCAUGUUCAGACUUUGUCUCCUCCCCUGUUUCUGAUGUUCUGACCAUUUAUUUGGUAGGUUUCCGAGACGGCUGCGACCGAUCCGACCACAUUAAAACCUACGAUGGCAGGGAGGUGCUCCUCUACAGCAGCACAAUACGAGGAGCGCUCACGAACCCUCACUUUUAAUUUCCUUAAAGUAAUUCCUGUAACAGAAUAAUCUUGACUAUCUUUGCCACUGGCAAAUAGGCACUGCCAGGUGCAAGCUGCCCGCCAUCGCUGAGCCUCCCGAGGCGUAGCCCCGCUGGCAGUGUGCAACACCUGCUAGAGGAUCUCCCCUCCUCUACCCACCCGUUCCGGCUGCAGAGCUCUGUCCCAGCGCUGCGCUCCUGGCAGCCCCACCAGGUGCUCCCUUAAGGCUCCCACAGGUGCAUGG